UUUUAAAGAGACAGUAUUUUUAAAAAAAUAAAAAAAUGAUUAUCUAUAAAAAAUCAUCCAUAAUUUUAAUAUUCCUAUUAUCAAUAAAUUUUUUAAAUUGUAUUUGUGAUAAAAUGAGUAGUAAAGAAACAGAAAGCACUCUUGAAAAAUUAGUUAAACUUUUCACCGAACCGGGAGCAUUUAAACGUGUAGGUGAAAUAUUUGGAGAAAAUUCAAUUGACGAAACUGUAUCGUGUGCUAAAGGUGAUGAAGGUCUCGAUUGCAGAAGAGCCGAAGCACGAAGAUCUGUUGAUUGUCCUGACGGUGAUUGCUACUGUUACAACUGUUCAGUAGCUGGCCCAGAAUUAUGGCCAUCAUGUUGCCGUGAGAGUUCGAAAUGUUGUUCUUAUUUGGCAGCUGCUUGUCGCAAUUGUGAUCAGCCUUCGUUGUUUUCUUUUUGCUCAAAGCAUUUUAAAAAGUGUUUAAAAGAAUUCAGAGAGAGUACGAUGACUACGGAAAGCAGUAAUCCAACGUUAAGUACUAACACAUAGUACGCAAUUCCACGUCUAUAUAUAUAUAUAUAUAUUAUACAUAAUAUAUGUCUUACGUUCGACAGAGAAAAUUAUUAAUUCUCCGGUAAUCAAAUGUCGAAACCCUGUUGAUUAAAUACAGUUGCAUAAGAACGUUAGUCUGAAUUUCCAUAUAUGUUUUCACCAGCUCGACUGGUGUCUGUACCUGGAAAUUAAACUCAC